UCAAUCAUUAGAAUCGUGUUCCUGAGCCAUCAUCACUCGCUAGGACUCAUGCUCAUCAAUGAUUCGCGGCUAAUUGAUGAUAACAUCUGGGCUGUAAAGGGAACCCAGAUGGAAAAAAAGAAAGCAGAUCAAAUCCGACGUAAUUCGGGUAAAGAAUUUGAAAAGAAAGCCUGAGAGGGAAAAAAAAAAAAGGCAAAAACCAGGACAUGAUGAUUCUCUCCAAUGUCGGCGACGCCGUGGACAUUCCCAUCAUUGCUGCUGCUCCUUGCUUUUCGUCUUUCUCAAGCUGCGUGUCGCAGAUGGGAGUGUUUUUAGCGAAUGCAAGGAUAGCUUUUGCUUUGGGUUGGUGUGCCUCAGGGUAGAUUUUUUUAUCAUGGGUGUCUCGCCGGAGUCGGGUCGCGAGAGGCCUGUCGAUUUCCGUGCCCCGCCGCCUUCACCGGUGGCGUCGGGCCGGCGGUCGUGCGUCACGAACGACGACGUCUUGACCGAGUUCUUGGAGAGCUCGCUCCGAGUCCCGGAUCUCAUCUUGCCCGACAAGAUAUUCCCGAAGCAGAAGUUCAUCGAAGACCCCUCGAGGAUCGAUUUUGGCUCGUUGGGCGCCCCGGGGAGCGACGCCGUGUCGAGAGCGUUGGAUUCCGUAGCGAGGGUCGGAUGCUUCCAGCUGGUGAACCACGGGAUCGGACGCAAAUUCUCGCUGGGCGCGAUGGAGGCCGCCGCCGGGAUCUUUCUGGUGCCGCCAGAGAAGAGAGCGGCGGCGAUGAGAUCGCCGGAGAAGCCUUAUGGAUUCGAGGAAGUCCACAGCGGGGGCGAGGAAGAAGAGAGCAGUGAGUUGGCUGAAGAGUUUGUGUGGUGUAGGGAGGAAGGGUUGGAGUCGGAGAUGCAGAGAAUGUGGCCAGUGGGCUAUUCAAAUUUCAGUGAUAAAAUGGCGAAACUUCAAUCACAUGUUGAGAAGAUUGCGGAGAGGGUCAUGACAGUUCUCUGGGAGAAAUGCCUCGAUGAACCCACACGCGAAAACGGCUGCAUGAACGGCGAAGGACACGCUGGCGCCGGCACAGGAACAAUGUGCUGCCUUCUUAAGCACAGUAAGAACGUCCUGGACGACGAUCGGUGGGCGAGCUCUCUCAGGUACGACGUGAUCAGGAUGCUGAUCAGAGGAGCCGAUUACUCCCACGCCUUGUGCUUGCACGUGUGCGACGGCGCAUCGGAGUUUCACGUGUACUCCAAGAAAGGGUGGGUCUCGUUUUGCCCUGAUAAACGCUCUUUGAUCGUCACAGUUGGUGAUCAAUUUCAGGCAUUGAGCGGCGGGCGGUACAAGCACGUGGUAGGGAGGCCGAUCGUCAAGAGCGAAACGGAGGACCGCAUCUCGAUGGCUUUCCUCUGCUCGCCUCCACCCAGCGUGCCGGGUUCGAAGGACGGAGAGCGCGGCGGGAGAAACACGGUCUCCGUCGGCCAACAAGUCAUGGUGGCCAUCGCUCUAAGCCUUGCAUACCAUCUCUUUGUUUACGUUCUCAGCAAGUUUUGAUCAUCUUGGGUUUUCUGUCCUUUCGAUUAUGGAUAGGAGGGGAAGGACCAUAUACAAAGCAGAAGUUUCUGUUUUCCUUGUGUGUAAAUCUGAAGGGGAAGGUGUUCUUGAGUUUUCACAUGAUUGCUGGCAGAAUUGU